GGCGACCCGUCCUGGAUUAAAGGCGUAACCUGCUACAACUGCAAUCGGAAGGGACACAUUGCUCGAAAUUGUCUCCACAGAAGCAGCCAGAAGCCUUGUGAGGAGUACAGCAAAGCAGACUGAUGGGCGGACUCCGGGAACGGGCCCCACACAGAGAACAGGGGAGGUAACACACACACACCUGAUGAUACACAUACACAUAGACAGGAGCAUUCACAUAACGUUAAACACAUUAGUAGCAGCACCUGCAUGCAACAGCAAGAUUACACAGAAACGCCCGAUAUACCAGUCCAAAUAAAUACACCUGAAGUUGCAUUAAGUUUGUUAAAAUACACAACUACUCCCUUUUCUAAACUCCCUUGUAUGCCCCUCACUGUGUGUGGGCAUGUGUUAACCUUUUUAGUAGAUUCUGGAGCAGCACACUCAGUGAUACAACAUGGGGUACUUCCAGUAGACCCACCGCUCAGCUCAAAUUCUAUUCAGACAGUGGGCAUCUCAGGACGACCUGUAACCGAAACUUUCUCAGUCAACCUCCCGUGUGAAAGCGAGGGAGGAAUAGUUACGUCCCACUCAUUUCUCAUCUCACAUACAUGUCCAGUAAAUUUGUUAGCACGUGAUUUAAUGUGCAAAUUAGGAGUAAAUCUCAUGUCCACUCCAGAUGGGCUAACCAUUGAAGUAAGUGAAAUGUGCGGUGUGCAGUAUGGAUUUGGAAGCCCCCUGUAUGUGUAUGUCUGGCGGCUCUGCUCAGAUCAGCUCACACAAACUCCAAAACACCUUGUACAGCUCGCACGCUUGAACACCUCAUCAGUUGACACAGAUUAUAUGAAAGAGGAAGAUUUGCAUUGUACAGCACAUGUUCACCAAGGGCAAGAUGUAGAGUUUGAAAAGACUUGGUUUGCAGACCCCCACACGUGUGAAAGAUUGACCCUCAAAACUACAUAUUGGUCUAAACAUUAUUGUGCUGUGCAGGUCCAUUUUACUCGUUGUCCAAACAGCUGCAUCAAUGCUAAUCGCAGUGUUCUCAAACAUGUUAUGCACGGCCUCAGAACAGAGGACUCUGAGGUUGACUGCUGCCAACAUGAUUUCUUUGACAUCAUUGAUUCUAUACCCCAUGUCUCAUUAGCAAAACCGCGAGCCGCCCAUUGGAAAGACGUGGGGAAGUGGGUCAAGAAGUGUGCAGCCAAUGACAAUGAAUGGUCCCGAACAGAGGACCCUAGUGUGUUGUUUUGUCAAAGGCUUGGGGUCUACAAGCAAAGUCAGGCUGUGUGUGUGCAUGUUAAGCGCAGCGUAAUACUAGCCACUGAUGACCAGGGUCCUGGAGACCCCAGCCGUAGUGGCCUGUUUGUCUCUGUUUCCACAGGCAUAACGCCAGCAGAGGUGCACCCCAAAUUGGCGGGAGUUCCAAAUUCCGUUUGGGCAAAGGGUAAACAUGAUGUGGGCCUAAUAAAGAAUGCUGAACCAGUGGUGAUCACCCCCAAAUCGGAUUUCAGGCCUAGGCAGACCCAGUAUCCACUCAAACCAGAAGCAAUUGCAGUUAAGAAGGCAAGAAAAUCGUCUCAGCCCGAUGAGUGGAGGUUUGUCCAAGAUCUGCAAGCAGUCAAUGCUGCGGUUGUUCCGCGCACACCUGACGUCCCUAACCCAUACACCAUUUUGGGCCAGGUGCCCGCUGACAGUAAGUGGUUUUCAGUGGUGGAUCUAGCAAAUGCGUUCUUUUCUAUUCCUAUACAUAAAGACAGCCAGUAUUGGUUUGCCUUUAUGUAUGAUGGUCGUCCAUACACUUUCACUCGUUUGUGCCAGGGUUACUGUGAGUCCCCAACCAUAUACAACCAGUGCCUUAGAGACAGCCUCGCUUCGUUAACUUUGUCACCGAGAUCAGCUUUGCUGCAGUAUGUUGACGAUUUAAUGAUUUGUGCCCCAACUAAAGCUCAAUGUGAGGAUGACACCAUAACGCUACUGCGACACCUCGCUAAGGAAGGUCAUAAGGCUAGCCUCACAAAAUUACAGUUUGCAAAACAGAAGGUGCAUUUCUUGGGGCAUGAUAUCACAGGGGAGGGAAAAACGCUGUCUGCGGACAGAGUCUCAGCUAUUCAGAAAAUUCCCAAGCCGAUCACUGUGAAACAAGUUUUGUCAUUUUUGGGUAUGUGUUCCUAUUGCAGAGCAUUCAUUCCGAAUUAUUCCAUCCUGGAAAGUCCAGUGAGAGAGCUCGUGCACGGUUCGUCCCUCACUGCUUCAUCACCUGUCGUAUGGACACCAGAAGCUGAAGAAGCAUUCCUGGCCCUAAAAGGCGCCCUGCAGACCACACCCACACUGGGACUGCCUGAUCCCAAUAAACCAUUUGUUCAAACUGUAGAUGAAAAGAAGGGUUUUAUGACCUCUGUUCUUUUGCAGAAACACGGGGAUAGAUUGAGACCUGUAGCUUACUUCUCCAGCAGGCUGGAUCCAGUGGCGGCUGGACUUCCUGUUUGCCUGCGUGCAGUUGCUGCAGCUGAAAAGGCGGUAACUGCCUCCAGAAAUAUUGUGGGGUAUUCUAACCUCACCCUUUUGGUCCCACAUGCUGUCUCCCUGCUUCUGUUGGAGAAAAAGACGUCACAUUUGUCAGCACAGAGAUGGUUGAAGUAUAACACAGUCAUACUUGAUAUGCCUAACAUCACUGUGAAACGUUGUACUGUUCUGAAUCCUGCCUCUCUUCUCCCUACAGAGGACGAUGGAGAGCCACAUGACUGUGUUGCUCUCACUAACGAUUUUUGUUCCCCCAGGGCAGACUUAAAGAGCGACCCUUUGGAAAAUCCAGACAUGAUCCUCUAUGUGGAUGGUUCAGCCUCCAGAGACCCAGAGACGGGAAAGAACAAAGUAGGUUUUGCCGUAGUCUCAGAUCACGAGGUCCUCAAGGCGUCACGUCUGCCCUCGAACCUGUCGGCGCAGGCUGCAGAGCUCUGUGCCCUCAUUGAGGCAUGCAAAUUGGCGGCAGGGCAAUCUGUCAAUAUUUUUACGGACAGUAGGUAUGCAUUUGGCGUUGUGCACGAUUUUGGCACCAUUUGGAAACAUAGAAAUUUUCUCACUAGCACAGGAUCUCCCAUUGCACAUCAUAAAUUGGUCUCUGAGUUGUUGGAUGCUGUUCUACUCCCUAGAGCUAUUGCUGUGUGUAAGUGUGCUGCCCAUACUAACAAUACUGAUCUUGUGUCUCAAGGGAAUGCCAGGGCGGACGCGGCAGCUAAGUGUGCAGCCUCGGCUUCCAGUUCACCCUCUAACCUUGCCUUUCCUCAGGUUUCUACCCCUUGUUUACAGCUAGCGGACCUUCAGAGCACUGCCACCCAGGACGAGAGACGAGUCUGGAAACAGGCAGGCUGUAUCCUUGCAAACUCGGUCUGGGUUUGUCCCUCGGGCCGUCCCUGUCUACCAAAAUACAUGUUCCCUUUCUUUGCAAAAUUGGCACAUGGGCUCACCCAUGUGUCAAAAGGGGGGAUGGUAGCAGAAGUAACAAAGAGAUGGUUCACAAAGGGGUUUUCAAAUUAUGCUGCAAAAUUUUGCAAGCAAUGCUUGAUAUGUGCACAACAUAAUGCAGGUCAAGGUAUCAGACUAACUCAAGCAGCACACCCAAUACCAGACAAACCAUUUGAUCACCUCCAAAUGGACUUUAUUGAACUGACACCUAGUGAAGGGAAAAGGUACUGCCUGGUAAUAGUUGACAUGUUUUCAAAAUGGGUAGAAGUAUUCCCCACAGCUAAACAAGACUCAGAGGCAGUAGUCAAAGCACUCCUGAGAGAUGUAAUUCCUAGGUGGGGUAUACCUAGCAAAAUCUCAAGUGACAAUGGAACACCCUUUGUUAAUGCAGCCCUAAAGAAAAUAGGAGCAUUCCUAGGGAUAGACCUGAAACAACAUUGUGCCUAUCAUCCUGCCAGUGCGGGAGCAGUAGAGAGGGAAAAUGGGUCACUUAAAAAUAAACUAAGCAAAGCUUGUGCAGAAACAGGGCUAGGAUGGACAAAGGUCCUCCCUGUAGCACUCACACAAAUGAGGAUGCAAACUAGGCCUAAACAUGGGUUAAGCCCAUUCGAAAUUCUGUUUGGACGAGUACCCAACACGGGGAUAGGGCUAGCUCAAGGAACACUGCCGGACACCACACUGUGUGAUGAUGCAAUGUUGAAUUACUGUGCAACGUUGUCCUCUGCUUUGAAAUCUAUCCACAAACAGGUAAAAGAAGCACUUCCCAAACCUGCUGAGGGACCUCUGCACGAUCUACAACCAGGGGAUUGGAUCGUGGUGAAGGAUUUCCGACGAACCAAGUGGAACAAGCCACGGUGGAACAGCCCAUUCCAGGUCCUGCUCACGACCCCAACGGCAGUGAAAGUCACAGGCAGAGUGACGUGGAUCCACGCUAGCCACUGCAGGAGGGUUCCUGAACCGGCUAAGCAGGAGGGAAAAGAAGGCCUAAGUGACCCAGAUGCUGACUAAAGCUUGAGGAGAAAGAAGUGUUAAUUAAGUACAUCUGAGGACAGAACCCCAACCAUAAGGUGGGACAAGUGGUAACCCGAGACUCAGGAGGAGAGGUAAGCGAUUAUCAUUCAGAAGGUGCCCUACAUGACCGCUUUCCUGCUUUGAUCUAAACCACGUGGCGAGCAAGUUCCACGGGACUGAGCGUGACAGCACAGUUACGCUGUUGCACCCUCAAUAGAGAAGAGUAUUUAGUAUCUAGUCAGUAAAACUCGUUUCAGAAGUCCCGAGUUUCUCCAAGCUCCGGUGAGGUGGGACGAGGGCUGAUAGGGCAUGCUCGCCCUCUGAGCACCAAUACACGUCAAGAAGGGCAAGGGUUAACUCGGAGACCUAGUUAACACAAAAUGAAGGGGGUAAAUCAUUAUAAACUAGGUCCAGUCGUGGGCCUGAGUAUCUUGAUCCUAAUGGGGCUCAUGGGAGGAUUCGUGUGGUGGUCGAUACAGGGAACCCAGACUGACACAGAAUCAAGACGAGGGAGACAUCCAACUCAUAAUUUGUAUUGGCAGUAUGCUAAUUUUACAGCUAAACAAGCUAACAGGUCAAAUUGUCUAGUUUGCUCAACUCUGCCACACACCGUUACACAACCAUUCGUGUUCGAGAUCGCCAACACAACGGAUGAAGACACUGCGCAAGCAUGGCGAGCUGUGAUGGAAGCUGUCUGCAAUGAUGUAGAAGACUGUAGUGUCAUGUAUCAAGGUGGGGGAGACGACCCAAGGGUAGAAAUUAGUGUAAAUGAAUUAGGAAAGGGGAUAAAUUAUACCUUAUGCGCAGGGCGAAAGGGUGAUCCAAACUCAAACCUCGUAGGGAAGGUCAAGGAAACUAGGUGUUCAACCAUUUGCACUGUGCAGGGUUCAGUCCCAAAUCCAAAUGUGACUUGCACAGGAUGAAGUGGCACUCUGUACAAGCAAGGCAGAAAAGCGAUAACAGGAAGUGACUUAGGACCAGGAGGGAAUCUAACUCAGUUAGCGGGUCCAACCUUCUAUUACCCAGGCUGGCAGUGGAAGUGUGGUCACUAUGUGUAUAACUUUCUUCCGGUAGAUUGGAAAGGCACGUGUGCUCUGAUCCAAUUAGAUGCCCACCUAAUAAUAGCAACCCCUGAGACGAGUGGCAGACGACGCAGAAGUGUCGGCGAUGAUUUUCCUCCUCCGGAACAUCAGCUGCAACCCAAGGUGAAGAAAUUCUUUCAGGCACUGUUUCCACAGUACGGGAUAACACAACUCUGGAAUGAACUUGAGGUGGUGCAUUAUAGGCUGGCGCAGUUUGUGAAUUCAACCAUAGAGGCCAUGGAGGGCGUGAGAACUGAAUUGACCGCACUCAGAUUAAUGACGACACAGAAUCGCAUGGCCCUCGACAUCCUUUUGGCAAAGGAAGGUGGAGUGUGUGUCAUGAUAGGAGAACACUGUUGUACGUACAUUCCUGAAAACGACGGAAAUCAUGGUAACAUCACUGAGGCACUGAACAAGAUGCGCAAGGUUGCUGAACAAUUACGAGCAGACGAACAUGGAGGAGACAAAGACAGCUGGUGGCAUUGGUUUAGUGGAUGGAAGACUCUAAUUCUAUCCACCAUACCGGUCCUGGGCUUAGUGAUUGUGAUGCUAUGUUUGCUCCCUGUUCUCUGUCAAUGUUGUAUGUCUGUGUUUCAGAGGCAGCUGACAAAUAUCGGUUACCAGAUGGUGAAAAUAGACUCCGAUGACUUGCCUGACUGGCCUCCAAACUCACACGAAGACUAUAACCCACCGUUCCAUGACAUCAGCACAGUUGAAAUGAAAUUGGUCCUGACUUAAAACACUUUCAUUAUGAUUGUUUCCUGUUCUAUUAUUCCUGAUCUAUGUAUAUGGCUUGCUAGCAUUUAUUUAAGAUGUCUAUGUCUUAUAAAAACAGCCUUAGCAUUAUCCCUGUACACUCAAUGACGUGUUAAGUCGAAUCUCUCUGAGAACUCUUAUCACUGAAACUGUGUACAGUUCUUUUCUUUCCUUUAGCAAUUUAUCCUAUAGGAUAAAAAGGGGGGAAUGUGAGGGAAUUUUUAAUGGAUGAACAUUAUUAUUCUCUGUGUUUCUGUAUGUUGAGCUCAAGUGGCCUAUACUGAGAAAGAUGUUUUUUCCUAUGUUGUAAUCGCUUUUCUGUGGCCUUCGUGGUAAUGAGCAGGGUGCUUGAGUUCAACCUAGCUUGCAUCUUCUCAUGAUGUAACCACCUUUCCUGACCUUGGGGGUGAUAAGCAGGGUGCCUGAGUUCUGAUAACUACCCAUCCGCCCGAACGCCAGGUGCACGCUCUAACAAAGCUUCAUAGAAAAUCUUGAGCCAAUCACGUGAAGAUGCAAGCAGUAAGCAAAUGCCUUUAGAGUAUAAUAGAUAGCAGCCACUAAAACACAACUCAGAGAGCGCGCGCGUACUCUCACAUCACUAGAGGUGAUGCUUUAAUUUUCUUUCUUUCUUAUAUACCUUUGUAUGAUUUACUUUAAUAAAUGACUGAAAAGAC